AAAACCAUUGAACUAUAAAACAAAAAACAUCAUAUGAGUGAAGCCUAACGGAUGCAUAUAUCAGAUGUAAUUUUGUUUCUAUAGGUUUCUUUUAUGGCAUAUAGUUUACAAAAUGUGUUUUUACAUCAGGAGAAGGAACAGAAAUUAAUUGUAGCCUAGUAAAGGCAAAAAAAAAAUCGUUUUUUUCCUUAACAUUGAACAUUGGAGAAAAAUAUAUCCAGGUGUUGGGCUAUGCGUAUGAAACAAUGAUUCAAGGCUCUAAGCUAAACAAACAUUACAGCUAAGAGAGCAUGAAGAAACUAACAAAAUAACCAAGAAAAGAAAAGAUACCAGAAAGCGGUAGGCAUCAAGGUAUGUAAAAGCAUCGCACAUAAACUCUCCAAUAAGCAUACUUCAGCGAGCAUAUAGAAGCCCUUAUAAAGAAAACCAAAUAAGGCAAUUGGCCAUGGCCAUGAAAUUCAGUGAAUCCUUUGCUUUUCAAUCGAUAAACAUCUUGCUCUGUAAGACACACCUUUGCAUUUAAUGUGGGAAUUCCUUGCUUUGUAAGUCAUACUCAUUCUUAAGCAAUCAAAUCAGUUCCUAUAUGAGCCAUACUCCUCCAAAAGCAAUCAAAACAUGUCCCAAACUAUACCCCUAGGGCACAUAGUAGUAGCAAUAUAUAUAAAGAUUCAAGAGACCAACCCUAAUAAAUACACUAGACAUCUAAACCGUUGCAUGUAUAGGAAUUUAGAAAAAGGUUUAAAUAAGUAAAAAAAAUUACUCUGAUUUAGUACUCCUCUCAUGGACAGUCCCUCCUAUUUGGAAUAAAUCAAAAGGAGCAAAGAAGCUUAUGGCUGAAGGGGAAGUGGAAGCUUAAUUGUUUGAAUGAAAAACCAAAAGAGAGAGACAUGUGACUCUUUAAGGGUCAUGUACUCCUCCUUAUUAUAGAAAGAAUGAAUUUUAUCGUAAUUUUUAUGUUCAGUUUCUUUUCUGUCCUACAUAUCAAACACCAUACAAUUGUUUGACCUUAAUACAACACAUUGUAGAGACAUGCCAAUCAACCAUGCAUAAAGCAAGGAGCGCAUCAGGUUUGGUCAUGCAAUUACCUUAUGCAAGAUAUGAGUCUAAACGUACGAACCUGGGACGAACAAUGGAAAUUCAUGGUCCAAAGCUUUUAGGGACUUCAUACAAGGAUCCCGUUGCAAGUUUUAACCUCUUUCGGGAUUUCACUGUCCAACAUCCUGAGGUUUAUUGGUCAAUUAUUCUAAAAGAGCUUUCAGUUAUAUUUCAUGAAUCUCCUAAAUGCAUUCUGGAUACCGCUGACAGAUCAAGACCUGGGGGAACUUGGCUUCCUGGUUCAGUUUUGAAUAUUGCUGAAUGUUGCUUAUUACCCUCAAGUCAUCCCAGAAAAGAGGAUGAUAGUUUUGCAGUUGUAUGGAGAGAUGAAGGCAAUGAUGAUUCCAAUGUGAACCGUAUGACACUUAAAGAACUUCGAGAGCAAGUAAUGUUAGUGGCAAAUGCACUAGAUGCAACUUUCCAAAAGGGUGAUGCAAUUGCAAUUGAUAUGCCAAUGACAGUCAAUGCAGUUGUUAUAUACCUGGCAAUUGUUUUAGCUGGAUUUGUUGUUGUAUCAAUAGCUGAUAGUUUUGCUGCAAAUGAAAUUGCAACACGUUUGCGGGUCUCUAAGGCGAAGGCUAUCUUCACUCAGGAUUAUAUACUAAGAGGAGGUCGAAAGUUUCCUUUAUACAGUCGAGUUGUAGAAGCUUCUCCAUGUAAAGCUAUCGUGCUCCCUGUGAGUGGGAAUGCUGUAGGCAUUCAAUUAAGGGAACAAGACCUAUCAUGGAAAGACUUUCUUGCCUGUGUCAAUCAGCAUUCAAGACCAAAAUAUUACACUCCAACUUAUCGACCAAUAGAUUCUGCAAUUAACAUACUAUUCUCAUCCGGAACCACAGGAGAACCAAAAGCUAUUCCAUGGACUCAACUUUCCCCUAUUCGUUGUUCUUCUGAUGCAUGGGCUCACAUUGACAUCGGAGUUGGAGAUGUUUUCUGCUGGCCUACAAAUCUAGGAUGGGUGAUGGGACCGAUUUUACUGUUCUCAUGCUUUCUAACUGGUGCAACCCUUGCUCUCUAUCAUGGAUCUCCUUUGGGCCGUGGAUUUGGGAAAUUUGUUCAGGAUGCAGGAGUAACUGUUUUGGGCACAGUUCCAAGCUUAGUGAAAGCUUGGAAGAAUACCAAGUGUGUGGAAGGCUUAGACUGGACAAAGAUAAAAUCCUUUGCGAGCACUGGAGAAGCCUCUAAUGUUGAUGAUGACCUUUGGCUUUCCUCAAAAUCUUACUACAAGCCAGUUAUUGAAUGUUGCGGAGGCACAGAGCUGGCAUCAUCUUACAUCCAAGGGAGUCAACUGCAACCACAAGCUUUUGGAGCAUUUAGCACUGCAUCAAUGACAACUGGCCUAGUUAUCUUGGAUGAACAUGGAGUUGCUUCUCUGGAUGAUAAAGCUUGUGUUGGUGAAGUCGGUUUAUUCCCUCUGUAUUUGGGAGCAACUGAUAGAUUGCUUAAUGCUGAUCAUGAGAAGGUUUACUUUAAGGGAAUGCCGAUACAUAACGGAAUGUGCCUCAGGAGACAUGGGGAUAUCCUUAAGAGAACUGUUGGAGGCUAUCUUGUCGUCCAAGGAAGGGCUGAUGACACGAUGAAUCUUGGUGGCAUUAAGACAAGUUCUGUUGAAAUUGAGCGAGUUUGUGACUGGGCUGAUGAAAGCGUCUUGGAGACUGCUGCAGUGAGUGUAGCACCACCAGAUGGUGGUCCAGAACUAUUGGUAAUAUUUGUGGUGCUAAAGAAAGGAUAUGAUUGCCAACCAGAGAAGCUGAAGAUGAUAUUCUCGAAAGCCAUUCAAGUCAACCUCAACCCCUUGUUCAAGGUGAAAACUGUGAAGAUAAUCCCAGAGUUUCCUCGAACUGCUUCGAACAAAUUACUGAGGAGAGUUUUGAGGGACCAAAUAAAGCAUGAACUGUCUGUCCGAAGUAGAAUGUAACGGCAGCUUCAGCAAGGCCUUGCAGCAUCAUAUACCAGACACCAGUAAGAAAAUUUGUCUCCCCUUUGUGCAUGGAUGUGGAUGUGUAGAGUAUGAAAAUUUAGUAAUGAUUGGUAUUCCCAAUCUGUUUGUCACUUGUCACUGUUAUGGGCUCUAAUGGUGUUGGAUUAGACCUGUUAAAGUUAAAGAGCCAUCUACAUAUACUUCAGCGCGAUGCAAAUUUGCUCUUCAGUUUACUAA